GCUCUGAUGCAUGAUCCGAUCGUCUAUCCGCAGCCUGAGGUCUUCAACCCUGACCGGUUUAAUGAAAACGACAUACCAGAUCCAAUCGAUUACGGUGUAUUUGGGUAUGGACGAAGGUCUUGUGCGGGAAAGAAUAUGGCUCUCGACACGGUUUGGAUAGCGAUGGCCACAAUCCUUUCCGUGUAUAUGAUUGUACCAGCGAAGGACGAAGCUGGUCACCCAGUGCCAAUCUCAGUUGGCAUUCGCCGGUCUACAAUAAACCAUCCUUCCCGCUUUGACUGCGUUUUUCAGCCGAGAUCUGAGGAAGCAAUUGCCUUGAUUUGUCAGACUACCAACUAG